UACGCCUCGAACAAGCGAAACUAGUCGAGGCAGUUUGCUAAGUGAUUUCAGAAAGUGUGGGAAUAUCCCCAAAAAUGAGAAUGAUAAGGUUUGCAUUAUUGUUUGUAACAACUUUCACCGGGAUAUGUUUAGCGGCAAAUCAGCGAGCUGUCGACGAGGUAUUGAAAUGGCAAAAAGUUGAAUUCGAUUUACCGGAGAGCGUGAUAAAUGCUCCAGAUGGUUACAUCCCAAUCAACAACAUACCGAUGAGCGGGGUGCACUAUAAAAACCGCGUGUUCGUCACUGUUCCUCGUCGUCGGUGGGGAAUUCCAUCGACGCUUAAUGUAGUUGAUAUUGCACCCCCGUUUCCGAACACAAACCCCGUGCUAAGGCCAUACCCGAACUUUGAACUGAAUGAACUGCGAGCUGAUCUACAACCGGACGCAAACCGUAUUGUCACUGUUUACCGUCCACGCGUCGAUCGUUGUGACCGUUUGUGGUUUAUCGACACAGGAAUGAUGGAAAUCCCCGGAAACUUUACCAUCGUUCAGCGCCCAUCGAUAUGGGCAGUCGACUUGAAAACGGACACACCGAUUCAUCGGUACGAAAUCCCUGCGAAGGAUGUAGACAGUGGUUAUGGACUCACAUCGAUUACCCUGGAUGUCGACCCGAACGACUGUGAAAAAGUAUUCGUCUACAUAUCCGAUUUACAAACCUAUCGUAUGCUAGUCUAUGACUACCAAAAUCAAAAGUCGUGGCGCUUCUUGCAUAACUAUUUCUUCCUAAAUCCGCUGGAAGGCGAUUUCCGUAUUCAGGGCAUUCCGUUUUCGUGGGACGACGGUAUUUUCUCAAUCGCACUGAGUAACCCUGAUCCGGUGACCAAAUUCCGCACCGCAUAUUUCCACGCAUUGUCCAGUAACUCGGAGUUCACCGUAUCUACAGCAGUUCUGCGCAAUGAAACGGCCUCCCGACGAGGCUACCACGGAAAUGACUUCCAAUUGCUUGGAUAUCGUGGAGCUCAAUCGCAAUCUAGCAUUCAUGCUUUCGAUCGUGAAACCGGCGUAAUCUUCUUUGCAUUGAUUCAGCAAAACGCCGUCAGCUGCUGGGAUACGAAAAAGCCGUUUGCUCCGCAGAACAUGGCCAUCAUCUACAAGAAUGACGCCGAUAUAGUUUACCCGAAUGAUCUUGCGAUUGACAACGAUGGCUACGUGUGGUUUAUGUCUAACUCAAUUAUCAAACUGUUGUACACUCAACUGAAUUUGGAAGAAUUCAACUUCCACAUUUGGCGUGCUAACAUUAAGGAGGCAAUCAAGGGUACAGUGUGCGAUCCAACUGUGCGUGCUAACGUUGAUGCUGUGCAGCGUUUCGGCGAAAGUACCGGCGGAGAUCGCGUUACAUUCCUGGAGUACAAGGACAAGUACGGCCCUGGAGGUGGUCCCUUCGGUGGCUGGGGACAAGAUGGCAACAAACGUCCCGCUCGGCCGUAAUGCGAGUUUCAUGCUAGUGAAUAUUUUUAUGUCAACUAACGACUAACGCAAAUAAAACAC